AUGAAAUGUAUUCCAACAAGUCAAGGUAUGCAAUUACCAAAUGAAUCUUAUAUUCCAUCAUCAAAUUUAUCAUCUGAUUUACCUAUUAUUAUGCUAUACAUUCCACAACUUGUAAAAGAUAAUAAUCAAAAAGGAAAACAAGAAUCAACGGAUUAUUCAGUAUCAAAUGAAUUUCUUAAAUUACUUGCUUGUCGAACAAUUUAUAUACCAACAUCAACAAACACUUGA